UGUCUCUCCGAGCCACUCUUCAUUCGCAGCGCCUGGAGAGGAACAGACACGCCAAAGAGAGACGAAAAAUAUGAACGUCGUGAAAAUAAAGAACAUGAGAACAAUUAUUUCCGAACAGCAUCUGAGGUCCUCGUGAAAUUGGAUUUUUUUUUACUAAACAGGAUUCAAAAGAACGCCUCCUCACCUACUUCAAAGCUGGCGACACCUUUAUAGGUGCACCUAUGAUGCUUGUUGUGCUUAUCCACGAAACGGAUGUUAAUGUUAUAUCUCGACAUGCAUUGAACGCAUAAAAUGUGACGACACGAUUCUUCUAUUGUCACUUUGUCGGAUUCGAGGCGUCUAUUUGGGAAUUUGGUGACGAGGCGAGUGAGAGGAAAGCAGGGAAAGUGCGCUCCGGAGCUGUCCUUUCAGAACCACACACGCAUUACAGCGAUUCACCACAACUCAUCAGACUUUCCCCUCUACUGGAUCUCAUUGUGUGCCUCACAAUUUGAACUCGGCCGUCUGAUAAUCUUUGUUAUCUCAUCUUUUGACAUCUGAAGGCAAUCCCUGACAAGACCAUUACACGCCCAUGCACACACAUGUUGGAUUAUUCAAGCCACUAAAACCUUUUCUCACUUCCUUUUAUGCGUUACCUCAUUUUCCGUUAUCUGACCACAGCGCACAUGCAUUUUCAGUCUCUUUUAGCGUCGUGAUGCCUGGCCCAUGCUUGAGACAUGCCUAAGCGACGAGAUGGGCCAGGGUGACGAGAAAGAUCGUGUUGUGAUUAACGUGGGAGGGAUUCGACACCAGACCUACCGCAGCACCCCGACUCUCCCCGGCACGCGUUUAGCCUGGCUCGCCGAGCCCGAUGCCCACAGUCACUUUGAUUAUGACGCGCAGAUUAACGAAUUUUUCUUUGACCGACACCCAGGAGUUUUUGCACACAUCCUCAAUUAUUACAGGACUGGCAAGUUACACUGUCCUGCUGAUGUUUGUGGUCCUCUUUAUGAGGAAGAGUUGGCCUUCUGGGGAAUUGAUGAGACAGAUGUGGAGCCGUGUUGCUGGAUGACGUACCGUCAGCACCGGGAGGCCGAAGAAGCGCUGGACAGUUUCGGUGGAGGACCGGUUGAAAUGGGCAACGACGAUACGGAAGUAGAUGGUUUGGGUGAUUCGGCGGAUGGAGACGAUGAACUUGAGAUGACCAAACGUCUUGCAUUGGGGGACUCGCCUGACGCCAAAGCUGUCGGGUUGUGUCAACGUUGGCAACGCCGAGUUUGGGCACUUUUUGAAGACCCCUAUUCGUCUAAAUAUGCAAGGUGGGUGGCAUUUGCUUCGCUGUUCUUCAUUCUGGUUUCCAUAACCACAUUCUGCCUGGAGACGCACGAGGCCUUCAACCCCAUCAUUAACCGGACAUAUUUUAACCCGCUUGACAACAGUUCCAGGAUUAACCAGGAGACAGAGACAGUAGUCUACCUAACCUACAUAGAAGGUGUAUGUGUGGUAUGGUUCACCUUUGAGUUCCUCAUGCGUAUCACCUUCUGUCCAGACAAAAAGAAGUUCAUCAAAAAUGCCCUCAACAUCAUAGAUUUUGUGGCCAUCUUGCCCUUUUACCUGGAGGUGGGCCUGAGCGGGUUGUCCUCUUCGGAAGCAAAAGAUGUCCUUGGGUUCCUCCGAGUGGUGCGUUUCGUCCGGAUCCUCCGGAUCUUCAAGCUGACCCGACACUUUGUGGGGCUGCGCGUACUGGGACACACCCUCCGCGCCAGCACCAAUGAGUUUCUCCUGCUCAUCAUCUUUCUCGCUCUUGGAGUGCUCAUCUUUGCCACCAUGAUCUACUAUGCCGAACGAAUUGGUGCCGAUCCCAAUGACCCGCGCGCCAGCGAGCACACGCAUUUCAAAAACAUCCCCAUCGGCUUCUGGUGGGCCGUUGUGACUAUGACCACACUGGGCUACGGAGACAUGUACCCUCAGACAUGGUCGGGCAUGUUGGUGGGGGCAUUGUGCGCCCUGGCGGGUGUAUUAACCAUCGCUAUGCCCGUGCCCGUCAUUGUCAAUAACUUUGGGAUGUAUUACUCUCUAGCCAUGGCUAAGCAGAAGCUACCAAAGAAAAAGAACAAGCAUAUUCCCCGUGCCCCACAGCUGGGUUCACCCAAUUACUGUAAGUCAGCCAUGAACUCGCCCCACCUCAGCCUGCGAAGUGAGCAUUGCUCUCUGGUUGCCCAGGAGGAGGUUUUAGAAAUGAACAGAGCAGAUCCCAAAGUGAACGGCGAGGCAGCUAAAGCAGCACUGGCCAAUGAAGAUUGCCCCCACAUAGAUCAAGCCAUUUCACCAGAGGACGGGCAGAUCUUCAACCCCAACGAGCCGCGGGGAGACACUCCGUGUUUUCUGCUGAACGUCAGCAGGCGAUCUACAAACACAGGCACCAGAGUGAGGAAGGAGGCUUCUCAGCAGGUCCAGCACAAGCAGCCUGCAGACUCAGUGUGUGUCAUGAAUCGUGGCGUUCCGACCACUGUGUGCAUGGCCCAGAACACCCCUCCUCCCUCCUCGUGAUUCUGAUCUAUAAGUGUGUUUCAUGUACAUAAAUGGGUGGAAUGCACAGUGCGGAAUGGCCUAAAACAGACCUGUUUCUACAAAUUUGUAAUGUAUUUCAGGGGGACAUUUCCCAACCAUCCACCCCCUUUUUGUUGGUGGCUGGUCAAGUUUUUAACAUGGUCUAGUGGUGUGUAAAUUGUGUAUCUGAGUGCAUGCGUGUUUAAUAUGUGUGGUUUUGUAUGCGUGCCUGUAUUGUAAAUAUGCUUUUUGUGUUGCACAUGCUUGCUAUUGAAUUUUUAAAGCAAUCUUUAGAGAGUUUAAAUCCAAUGUAUCCACUCAAUUUUGUGAUUCAUAGCAAAUAUUCACAAAGCUGCCUUUAUAUUAAUAGGGUCAAAAUAUUGUUGCUCUCUCUUGUGGUGCUACUGUCAGUCAUCAGUUGCCUUUGUUUGCUGUCGCACUUUUGAACUUUAACAUUCCUUUGAGUUGUUAACGUUAGUGGACGAAUUGUGUCUUGUGGUGUAAAAGUGUAUUUAUGAGUGUAAAGUGUAUAUAUGAUGUUGAUUACAAUCUAACUUUUUCUUUUUCUGAAGCCAGCAAGGACAUCAAUACACUAUGGUUAAGCAAGAGGUUAUUUAAAUCCACUGAAACUUUUCUAACAGAAAGUUGCUUAAAUUCUUGUGUACUUUCACAAUCAAGCAGCAGAAGCAACUGUAUCAAAGUGACGUUACAAAAAUGGGCAAAACAAGUCUACAAAUAAUCUACAGUACAGGUCAAGAUUACAAAUUAACCUUUAUUUAAUGCUUAGUUGAAUAAGGAUUCUUUCAUUUACAUUAUAUUUACACGCUAUUAUCCAAAGCGACUUACAUUGCAUUAUACUAUACUUUAACAUAGAUACACUCAUAAAAAAAGGUUCUUUAAAAGGUUCUUUGAUGCCAUAGCCUUUUGGUUCCAUAAAGAAUUCUGAUUUUUUUACAAUGUUAAACGUGCUGGCUUCUCAUGCUUAACAUGGUCAACUUGUCAAAAAAUGUGUUGGACGUAUGACAUAGUAUUUCUGUGCUCGAUACAUUCCCCAGCCUUCGUAUAGGUUUUUGAAAGUUGUUUUUAAACAUCAAAUUUCCUUACGUAACAACUUUUGUUUGUCGCUUAUUGGACAAUUCUCCCGGAAAAACAUGCCCACGCAUCAACCCACGAGAGCGAGAUGAAAGAGCACGCCCACGUGAAAGAGUAUAGAUACCAAGAGCCGAAACUCUGGUGAUUUUUGGGAAACAGUGCGGCCUGACAUGGUUUCUAGCUAGCCGAAGCUUUUGUCAUCAUGUAUUUUUUUAUUAUUCGGGUUGAAUUUCAGCUUUCACCACAAAAUAGUGGAAACGCAGGGUGCUGGUGUUGCUGUGGAACGUUCUAUUGAGUUUCACCUCUUGGUAUCUAUACUCUUUGCCCAAGAGUCAACCAUGGAGAGCGGGAGAAGGAGCAUGCAGACAUGUCAACCAGAUGGAACAAGAGAAAGAGCACUGCGUUUGUGAAAGUUCACUGCAUUUCGGUGGGGAAUGUUAUAUAAAAGGUGGAUCUUCGUGUUGGGAAAUAAUCGUAAAGCUGUAUCUGUUUUUUAUAAAUGUGAUCAAACUAAAGACUCUUCGAAGAUACAACGUAUGCAAUACUUCUCUAUAGGUGCUCAAGAUUAAUAAGAGAUUGGCAGAAACUGCUUGUUACAUCCGCUUUAAAGAACCUUUGACUGAAUGUCUCUUUGUGGAACCUAGAAUGGUUCUUCUAUCGAUUGAAGAAUCUUUUAAGCACCUUUAUUUUUAGAGUGUAUGUGCAUUUUUAUUUUUGUGUUUUUACGAUAUUUGGGAUUGUUUAACAAUCAACAUUAUCGUAAAUAGCAUCAGAUCUUUAAUUUCUUUAGGCUUCUUAUUCUAUUCAAAUUUUUAACAAUCAGUAGAACCUAAAUCUUUCAUCAAGCAUUUAGAUAUUUGUAAAUAUUAUGGUAUUACAAAAUAUUAUAAUAUGUAUCUAAACCAUGGUAGGUUAUUCUUACUCUUGGGUACAGUAGAUUUAUAAAAGCAAACAGCACGUUUUGCCAUGAUGUUGAUGGUAAAUAAUACUUCAGUUUGAAAUUUCACUAAACAAAGGAGAUAAAAAACACCUUUGUGGUAAUAAACUAUUUAAGCAUGACUUUGGUUAACACAAAGACAUACUGUACCUUUAUUCUUUGUUUAUAUGAUGCUUCUUAGGCACUUUAAACGCUAUUAACAAAUGAUCAUUUUGUUGCUAAAAAUGGCAAUUAACUCAGUUUGGCUGCAUUUUAAAAUGAACUCUCUAACAUUGUUUUUAGGGGGACUUCUGAUGACGGCAAUAAGAUUAAGAAUAAUAAAUAAAAUAUUUAAUAACUUUCGUUUA